AUGUGCCCGCUGCGGGUCAUCCUCAUCUUCCUCUCCGCCACCGUCGCCGGCUUCUUCCUGCUCCGGGGGCUCAACGCCGACCCCGCCGACCAGUUCGACGCCGACGCCGACGCCGACGCCGACGGCGAGGGCUCCCUCAGGGCACCCGUGCCCCUUCAUUCCAAGGUUGGAUCAGCAGUGAAAACUGGAUUCUGGACUAUGGUGGACAUGGCAAGUGGGAGGUACCUCUGGUGCACCCUUGUUGCACAACCGGCAAAAUCUGAAUCUGAUAAGGCCCGGUGA